AUGAAAGAAGAGAAAGAGAACAAGGGGCGUGAGCGGCGAGUGGACAUCCAGUUCAGAGACAGAGAGGAAGGGGAGAAACGCAAAGAGAAAGAUGAGAAAAAGGAGGUGCUCACUAAGGUGGUGAUUAGGCGUUUACCUCCUACUCUGACUAAAGCACAGCUCGAGGAACAACUACAUCCACUACCAACACAUGAUUAUUUUGAAUUUUGUGCUGCUGAUACAAGCCUGUACCCCCACUUGUUCUCUAGAGCCUACAUCAAUUUUAAAAAUCCUGAUGAUAUAAUUCUCUUCAGAGACCGAUUUGAUGGAUAUAUCUUCAUUGAUAAUAAAGGUCAGGAAUACCCAGCUGUGGUUGAAUUUGCUCCAUUUCAGAAAAUUUCUAAAAGGAAGCUGAAAAAGAAAGAUGCAAAAUCUGGGAGCAUUGACGAAGAUCCUGAGUACAAGAAGUUUUUAGAAAGUUACUGUGCAGAUGAGGAGAAAAUUGCAGCCAACCCAGAGACGCUUCUGGGAGAGAUCGAGGCAAAGACCAGAGAACUGAUUGCCAGGAGAACCACACCACUUCUGGAGUAUAUUAAAAACAAGAAGCUUGAAAAACAGCGAAUCAGAGAGGAGAAAAGAGAAGAGAGGAGGAGGAGGGAGCUGGAGAAAAAACGUUUAAGAGAGGAAGAAAAAAGAAAACGUAGAGAGGAAGAAAGGCGUAAAAGGAAAGAAGCAGAAAAACAGAAAAAAAUAGCAGAGAAGGAAAGAAAAGAAGAAAUAAAAAUUAAGUUAUUAAAAAAGGCUGAUAAAGAGGAGGAACAAGACUCGGACAAAAGGAAGGAGAAAACUGAGGAUGGUGACAAUGGAAAAGGAAAAUGGGAAAAAUUGUGUUGCCCAGGAAACCUGCAAGGAAAACGGCCAGAGAUUUCACAGAAAGAUGUCAAAGAUAAACAGCCAAACGAUAGUGAUAGAGAACGGAGAGAGAGGGAACGGGAAAGAAGAUUAAGGGAAAAAGAACGAGAACGAGAGCGACAGAGGCGGCGUGAGGAUGAGCGCAGAAAGCAAAAAGAGCGUUAUGAAAUAGAGAGGGCUAUGAAAACAAAAGAAGAAGAACCAAAAAGAGGGAAAGACCAUGGACAGGAAAGAGAAAAGAAGGGAGACAGCCUGAGCUACAUGUUCAGUACUGAGAAAAUAGAAAAACUGAGUAAAGAAGACAAAAAUGAUGACAUGGGAUCUAAAAGGGAACGAAUAAGGAAUAAGGACCGUCCAGCUAUGCAGUUGUAUCAACCUGGAGCACGCUGCCGAACUCGUCUAGGAUCUGGUGGAAAAGCAUUUGACUAUUGCAGUAAAUCCUCCGAAGACAGCGCUGAGAGAAAAUAUGAAGAUGAUAGCUCUGUUGGAGCUGGUUCUGAGAAGAGUUGUGAAGAAUGA